CCUUUAUUUUGAAGGCAGGUAGACACGGCUACCGGAAACAAGACGAGCCGAGCUUCAAAACAGUGGGGAGCGGAUUAGCAGAAAAGUUGGUACAAAACUGUAAACUUACUUUAGAUUUAAAUUAAACUGUGGACACGUUUACCUGGCCACCAACACUUGUGACGUAAGUUACGUUCAGGACUACUAGCUUUAGCUUCAGUUAGCUCAGUAUCCUGAAGCUUCCCAGUGUUGGUCCACACAACGAGCGAGCAACAUGGAUCCUGAAGGAAACCCACACAGUCCAGAUGGAGAGACUGCCAUGUCAGACCAGAACCCCAAAUACCAGAGAUGUCAGAGGAGCCUAAAUGUGCUCACCACGAGGUUUGUCAGGUUGUUACAAGAAGCUCAAGGCGGUGUGUUGGACCUCAAAUAUGCUGUCAGAGUCUUGGCUGUUGGACAGAAAAGGAGAAUCUACGACAUCACAAAUGUGCUAGAGGGCAUUGGUCUGAUUGUGAAAAUUUCCAAAAGCACUGUAAAGUGGAUUGGUGCUUUGCCGGGAGAAAAUGCACUGGAGUUAUCCAACAGACUGUUAGUUUUAAAGUCUGAGCUGGAGGACUUGGAGGAGAAGGAAUGUAUGUUGGACCAGCAGAAAAUGUGGGUCGAACAGAGCAUCAGGAACACAACAGAAGACUGCAGCACUCUCACCUAUGUGAAUCAUGAGGAUAUCUGCAACUGCUUCAGAGGCCACACUCUUCUGGCAGUACGCGCACCUUCUGGCACACAGCUAGAUGUUCCCAUACCCAAAGCUGUCCAGAACAGCCCGGCAAAGUUUCAGAUCCAUCUGAAAAGCAUCAAUGGACCCGUAGACGUCAUACUUCUUAACAAACACUCUAUCAGCUCUGCCCCUGUUGUCUUGCCAGUCCCACCACCUGAAGAAAUUUUACGGGAUGCCAAGUUAGCCAUGUCUACAACAGAUGAGACAGAGAGCAACACUGCACCUUGUCAGCCUGCAGCUUACGCCAAACGCAACACUAAAUCAAGACAGACGGCCUUGGAGGACAAACAGGCUCUUCAGUCAUCAUCCUUAAUGAACGCAGCACCUAACAGAACUGAUGCAUCUGCAUUGCGAAGUUUAUCAAAGGAAAUGGAAGACUUACUAGACCCAAACAAAGAAAUUAUGAAUGCAGAUCUAAUCACAGAGCUCAUGGCCUCAGAAGUUUUUUCUCCGCUCCUCCGCCUGUCUCCUCCGCCUACUGAACAGGAGUACGUCUAUAAUCUGGAUGACAGUGAAGGCCUGUGUGACCUCUUUGACAUCCCUCUUCUGAAUGUUUGACCAUGGACUCUUGUGUUAAGACUUCAAAUGUAAAUAUCUUUAUGCAAGAACAUGUACAUAGCCGUCUGUUUUUAACUGUUAUUGGAUUAUUUGGCAGAACAUAUAAUAAACAAGUGAUUUUCUAA